UGCUUUCCAGAGGAGGCCGGGCACGACUCACGUUUUAACAUCCAGCUCUGAAAACAAGUGUGAACGGUGGCGUCAGAGAAGAGGAAUCGCACGCUGAGGUCCCGGGACGUCGUUCACUCACUGCUGCCACAAAGAGCGUCGGUGGCAGCGCUCGGUUCAGGUGCUCCGAGGCGAGACAUCGAGCAAUUAGGCAGCGAGACAGGUCCACAAAGACCAAAGUGAUGUCAGCUCAGCGCCGCACAACCCUGAGCUCCAGUCUUCUGGCUCUGACUCCUCCUGUUUCACAGUGAACACAAACAUCUGAAUGUUGGAGGAGCUUCCACUUCCAGCAGGUUUCACACUGAUCAGCUCACGAGGAUCUUCUGUCGGCUCCUCCCCCUCCACACGGUUCUGCUCUCGGCCCUUUGAAAGAGAUUUUUAAUUCCACUGGGACGAACGUGGUUGAAUAAAUUCUUGAAUAAUGAGAUGAGGUUUGUAAAUUGUCUGCUCUUGUGACUGUGUGUUGCUGGAUGUGUGUCAGUGCUGCUGACCUGGGUGAACUGCUCCAGCGUUCGCAUGGCCACCAGGAUCCAGGACAUCUUCACCGUGGGGAAGCUCAUGGCUCUGGGGCUCAUCAUUGUGGUCGGCCUGGUCCAGAUCUACAACGGGAACUACGAGGCUCUGACGCCUCAGGUGGCCUUCUCCAUGGACAGGACGCCAUCGGUGGGGCAGAUCGCUCUGGCCUUCCUUCAGGCCUCCUUCGCCUUCAGCGGCUGGAACUUCCUCAACUACGUCACAGAGGAGGUGGUUGAACCCAGACGGAAUCUACCUCGUGCCAUCUACAUUUCCAUUCCAUUGGUGACCAUUGUGUACACGCUCACCAACAUCGCCUACUUCUCCUCCAUGUCGCCCGAGGAGCUGCUGUCGUCCAAUGCCGUGGCCGUAACGUUCGGGGAGAAGCUUCUGGGAACGUUCUCCGUCAUCAUGCCCAUCUCCGUCGCCCUGUCCACCUUCGGAGGAAUCAACGGUUACCUGUUCACGUCGUCCAGGUUGUGUUUCUCCGGGGCCAGAGAGGGUCACCUGCCGAGCCUGCUGGCCAUGAUCCACUAUAAGAACUGUACGCCCAUCCCCGCUCUCCUGGUCUGCUGCUCUGCCACCAUUGUUAUUCUCUGCAUCGGAGAAACACACAACCUGAUCAACUACGUCUCCUUCAUCAACUACCUGUCGUACGGCGUCACCAUCGCAGGUCUGCUGUACUACCGCUGGAAGAAACCCAACCUCUACCGACCCAUCAAGGUGAACCUGCUGGUUCCUGUGUGUUACCUGAUGUUCUGGGCGUUGCUGCUGGGAUUCAGUCUUUACUCGGAGCCGGUGGUUUGUGGCGUCGGUCUCGUCAUCAUGUUGACCGGCGUACCCGUCUACUUCCUGGGUGUUCAUUGGAAAGAAAAACCAAAGUGUAUCUACAACUUCAUCGAGACGGCGACGUACGUGGGCCAGAGGUUGUGCUUCGUGGUGUUUCCUCAGAUCGACCCCAUCGAGAACGCCGACCCCUCAGAAUGGACUGACCGCUCAUCAGGCAGGAGCAGUUUGUCCUAAAACUCUUUUCUGAAUAUAUGAAGAUUUUUCACUGUGCUGAGUCCAGACACCUGCUCUGGGAUCUGCCUGUUUGACCUUUCACCGUCUAAGACUCUUUGUUUCCUCCAGUCGAGCGGAAACUCGUCUGCACUUUUUAUUUUUUUUACUAAGUCGACAAACACAAAAAUCUAAUGCCGACAGAGCGACACUGUGAAAAUGACUUUUAUUCCCAUGUUGGAAGCAUUUGUUCCUUCUCGUGUAACAUGACUGGACUCUGACAGUUACUUCUUCUGAAUGUUGCUGGUGUGUUAUCGUGCCUUUAGACCUUUUCACACCAUGUCCACACAGAUCCAGAGUCAGGAAUCUGAAUACAGUCAGAAAAUAGACUUCUGCAUUAGGUCUGGUACAAAAUAUUCAUAUGGUUGUGAACACCAUGAUAAGUUUGAUCUACACUUCUCCUCUGUGUUUCUGAGGAACUAGAGUUUUCAGGAUAAUGUUUCUAAAAGUUUCAUCAUUUUAUUUUCAUCUAUAGCUGCUUUCAGACAUGAACCGACAUGUUCCUCACAUGUUCCUCACAUGUUCCUCACAUGUUCCUCACAUGUUCUGAACAAAUGUCUGAGUCAGUGUCUCUGGACGUGUUCUG